AUGACACUAUUCGGUAAGCGGCUUGCCAAAGUUUACAAGGAGCUUAUGGACGUGCACGCCAACCAGAUGCUGGAAGCUUUGCAAGUGUGGCUUGCCGAAUUCUAUGCGAGAAUUCAGGAUGCGGAAAGGAGGCGCUUCGAUCAAGCUUAUGCGAGCGAGGUCUUGGGUGCCAAAAAGUCAGUCAAGAUGGCCGCUGACGCUCAUGAGAAAUAA